AUGGUAGCUUGGGCAGCUAUAGGCGCAAUGGGAACAAAAGCAUUAGCAUUUGGAGCAAAAGCACUUGGAGCUUAUGACGCAGUAAAUAAAAUGAGUGGAGGUAGGGUUUCGAAGACAUUAGAUGCAAAUAAAGGAAAGAUUGGAGGCUGGGUUACAAAGAAGUUAAGAUUAAAUAAAAUAGGGCUCAUAAAUAAAGCAUCCAAUUUGGUUGCGACUGAGUCAGAAAAUGCUUUAGGAAAGGACGAUGAGUUUGCAAAACACGCAAAAGACUUUAAUGACUAG